UUGUUAACAUCACAAAGGCUUGUUAAAGAAGCUUUAAAUGUCAUAAAAAAUUUUAAUAAAGAGAAUCCAAAUAUGAUAACAGGAAAACGACUUUUAUUCGAAGUUUUGUAUGAAUUUAAAAAAAAUGAAAAAGAAUGGGUUAGUGCUGGAAUAAUUUAUCAUAAAUUGGAUCCUGUGAGUCCACCAAAUAAAAUUUUAUAUCCUUUAAUAAACUAUUAUCAAUCAAUUAUAAACAAGACGAAAGUUUCAAAAAAAUCAUUGGCUGAUGCACAUUAUAAUAUUUUAGAAUUAUUAUUGACGAGAAUUGAAUAUGGAGACAAUAAGAUUAGAUAUGUAAAAGAUGCGAUAAAAACCACUCUGUUUGGGUUUAUUGCAUUUUGCACUGAGAAGUUAAUUUAUCAAAUAAAAAAGGCUAUACUCAAUCAUGAUGAUAAUGCUCUUGAGAAUUUAUUAGAGGUUGACGACAAAUUUGAUAAUGAUGAUAAUGAUAUUGAGAAAUUACCAGAUAUUGGUCAAAAUGGAAUGAAUCUUUUCUUGUUAUUAUAA